CCUCCUAAAAGCGGUCCAAAUACAGUUCUACUUGCUGUAGAACCAUGAUCCCGUAGUUCCAAACCGGAACCGCCAGUUCACGAAAAGGCCUGACAGGAAAACUAGUAUAUGCGAGGAUUUUAUAUUAUAAUUAUCAUUAUUAUUAUUAUUAUGAGAAAUGAAAAUCUAAAAACCCGGGAAGCUUACGCCUCUUCAAAAGCCUGGCAAAAUCCCCAACAGGACGGCAUUGGACGGAAGUUAGAAUCGGAAUAUCGUAGAAAAUUUUAGAGCUGAGAGAAGAAUUAGGUCAACAUUGUUUCUUCUAUACUCAUUAGUGGUGGGAAUGGAUUAGCUUAGGCUGAUAUUCAGCUUAAUGGAUGCCUAGUAGAAAGAAUACCUAUGGACUUUGGAACGCUACAGCAGAAGUCAUUACACUCCUACAGUAGUUGCUGCUUCUUCUGAUAUAUUUAGAGGAAUGGAUUUUAGUUUUGUACAUAAAGCUUGGGAGAAGUGGGCUUCGCUCAAUAUUGGCUCUGGUGCACCAUUGAAGGCAGCUCUGCUCAUUAACUAUGACCCGACUGGUCCAUCGCGGUUGCUUUCUACCAUUGCAGAACAAGAAGGGAUAAAACUGAAUCCUAUUGAAUUGAGUCAAUUCAUUGAUUUCAUCAAACGCAACAAACUGCAGAUGGAGAGCUUCAUUAUUGGGACAAGUCAAUAUGUGGUUACUUCAGUUCAUGAGAGUUGGUUCUCUGCAAGGUGUGUAAAUACAUCAAAACCUUCUGGUGAAGGUGCUAUUAUCAUGCAGACAGCAGCAUUUCUGUUGAUUGCGUUGUAUGACGGUUCAAUUGCAGCAGCUUCGCAAGCUAUGGUGGCUGUUGAUCAGUUUGCUUGGCAGCUGGGCCGCAAAAACCUUUAGCUUUCCGCAAUGAUAAGACUCUACUCAAUUCAUUUCUAAGACAAGAAUGAUGGUGGAAUUCCCUUGAUUAGUAAUUCCAGGGGGCAAAGUGGAAUAUUCCUUUCAAGGAGUGCCUUUAACCUAUUUUAUUUGGCACUUUGUAGAGAGAAAGGGAAUUUAGAUGGGGAUGAACCUGUAGAAUGGUGAUUUUGGUUUCUUCAGCUUGAUCAAUGAAAUGCUUGGUUAAAAAAGAAGAGUAUAUAGUAAUUGUUAUUGCUCA